UUUAGAGAAUUUCUAAGAUCACUUUUGCAAAAAAAACAUUAUCUUAUCUUUGACUUUCGGUCGUAUAAAAAAUGUGAAUAUGGCAAAAGUUAAAUCACUCUUACUUUCGUAAUUUGGACCUUAUCAUUUGGAUCUAGCCAGGAAGGUAACUCCACAUACCUAUAUAAACAAACAGGAAAAACAAAGCUUGGAGCCAUUUGUGCUGCAUUUUUUUAGGAAAGGAUUUCGAGGCCAUUCUCUCGCAUGCCUGUGAGAUUUUUCUCUCUGUGGUGGCUUUUCCUCCUGCGUCGACGCCAAUCCAGGAAAAAAAAAUUAUUGAAGGAAUUCUCCCUCUCACUCUUUCCGCUGGCGUCUCAACUGGCCGUGUGGGUAUGUGUGAGAUGGGAAAUGUACGAGCCGAGCCGCCUUGGAGAAAUUCAACAGCUGGAGUCACACGAGUCUCUCACUGUGGCGUGUUUCUUCCAUUGAAGAGCGUUUUCCUCUUUUUCAUUCAGCAGUACACCCAGAGCUUUCGUGCAGUGUGGAUCGUUUCUAUAUUUCAUUAGAUUUCCAUUUCAUUCUGCAUUUAGCUUUACACAUAGCUACAUAUUGUACGUGAGUGGUGAACUUCCAUAGUGUGAAAAUUCAUUCAUUGAAAAAAUACAAGAUUUUCAUCAGCUUAUCGAGUGCUUAUCGGGGUUUUUUUACAAGAAAUGCUCACAGAGACUUUUAAUUUCACAAAGUUGAGUGUUUCUUUGGAAAAGAAAAAUUGUACGACUGAUUGGACAGCACGUACAACAGAAUUUACAUGUAACUCUGAGUAAUUCUCACAGUGAGUUUUUUUCCCACAUUUCCCGGAAAGUGCAAAGAAAAAUCAAUUGGUUGUGGAACAAAGUUGAAUUGAGAGUUUACCUACACCGCAGAAAAAAAAAUAAAAUCAUUGUGCGAGGGUGUGAAUGAACGAGGAAAUUGUAAGAAAACUAUUUCCUCUUGGACAAAAAUUUAUCCGUGUUGGGUGUUUGGAAAAACCCACGGAAAGAUGAAAUGUGGGUGAUUUAAUAAUCCAAGUGAUCUUGUGUGGAUCUUUUUUUUCUAUGCAUCUCGUGAAAGCUCUUUAAAAAAAAACUACAUAUUUUAAUUUUUUGCGUAGGAUUUGUGAAAUUCUGUGAAUGCACAUUUCCCCCCCCCUCCCAAAAUUUACGCACACACGCGCAUACAAAGUGAUUCUCUCUCUCUCAUCUCAAUCGUUUGCAGCUGGAAAAAAUCUGUUUUUUUUUCCUUCGUGAAAUUCAAGAGGCUUUUUUCGUGUUCUUCUCGCACUCUUUACACAAAAAAAAAUAAAAAAUAAAUAAAAAAAGAAAGAAAGGAACACUCCUGAGCUGAGAGAAGAAAAGAAAAAUAUAUAUAAAUUCUGUAUAUUGUGAUUCUGCAUGUACGAGAGCAGUUGGACUCUACUGCGAACGUGGUGGAAGAGGGACAGUGGUAAAAUUUUCAGUGUACUUAAUGAAGUAGAAAAGAGAGAUCCAAUGGUGGUGGAAACCAGUUAUGGAUUCAAUAUGGCCGAUAAUACACGCAAGAUUCGUGUUGAAGAACAAUUGAGAAUUAAAAUUGGUGAUGCAAAGGACCUCGUGGGACGAAAUGGAGGAACUAAUGGUUCCACUGGCGUCCGUGAUGUUUUCUGCACAAUUGCCCUGGAUCAGGAAGAGAUCUGUCGAACACCGACAAUUGAAAGGACCCUCACACCAUUCUUCGGUGAGGAAUACCAAUUUGAGAUUCCACGAUACUUCCGGUAUUUGUCGGUGUAUGUUUGGGAUCGCGAUCGACACCUAAAGCAAGUGAAGGCAGUGGGGAAGGUGGCAAUUCGACGAGAAGAUCUGCAUGAGUACAAUGACAAGGACUAUUGGUUCUCACUGAGGCCUGUAGAUGCUGACUCCGAAGUGCAAGGAUUGGUACACAUACAGGUGACAGUGGAUGAUGGAACAGGGAAUUUGAAGAGAAAAUCAGACUUUGACGAUAUGGCCAGUAGUGGGGAAGGAGAUGACGAUGGGAGAGGAGAUGAUAGGAGUAGCGAGAGGGGUGUUUCGCGAAAUGAGAGUCUCAAGCAAGCCAUAAGGACGAGCAAUACACUGACAAAGACAAAGAGCAUCUUUGGCCAUACGGAUCUCACUCUGUGGAGUGGGACACAGUCAAAGAAGACGAGUGUUAACAUGUUGGAUACUCUAAGUCCCUUUCGGGGAGAGAUGAAGGGUCACGUGGCAGUCCGUAUAAUUGAAUGCGGAAAUUUGGCGAAGAAAAAUGGAAAUUGUGAUCCCUACAUCAUCGUAUCGGCACAAUACUCCAAUAACCGGGUCAUCAAGAAACGCACGAAGAUUCGGAAGAAAACUAUCAGUCCUGUAUUCGACGAGACAGUGGUGUUUGAUAUGAGCAUCGAUGGAGACUCCAAGAGUGAUGGGAACAAUGCCUAUACUAUCGUACCACUAGGAGGAGCAGAUCUCUGUGACAUUACAGUUGGUGUGUGGCAUAGCGGAGGAAUGGGGGAGGAUGUUUUCCUCGGUCAAGUAAAGCUGCCUCUACGCGGGCGACAGGAGCAAAAUGCCAUUCAGCCUGAUGCGUGGUACUUUCUUCAGCCACGUCCCUCCAACUCACGACCAAUAACAUCCUGUGCCACACCGAAUGGUACGAGAUUGAGUUGCAACAGUUCGCUCGGUACUCUUCGAUUGCGUAUCCACUAUGCGGCUGAUCACGUCUUCCCCCUCGCUACGUACGAUGCUUUGCUCAAUCUUCUCCUACAGAGUGUGGAACAACGUCCUGUAACAACGACGGCUGUUCACAUUCUCGGUGAGGUGGUGUCCAAUAAAACGGAUGUAGCUCAACCCCUUGUCCGAUUGUUUACGUACAAGAACAAAAUAGCUCCAAUGAUUAAAGCUCUAGCUGAUUAUGAGAUCUCUAAGCUAACGGAUCCCACAACAAUUUUCCGUGGCAACACACUCGUUUCCAAGAUGAUGGACGAAGCAAUGAGACUGACUGGGAUUAAGUAUCUCCAUCAGACACUACGACCAGUGGUGGAUGACAUUGUGCAGGAGAAAAAACCAUGUGAAAUUGAUCCGUCACGACUGAAAGAUCCCAGUGUUAUUGAUGGUAAUUUACAGAAUCUGCAGGAAUAUGUUGAGAGAGUGUUCAAUGCCAUUACCACGAGUGCUGUACGAUGUCCCGCCGUUCUAUGCCAAAUAUUCCAUGAUCUCAAGGAGUCCGCCAAACACUUCUUUCCCGACAAUCGUGAAGUGAGAUACUCAGUUGUGUCUGGAUUCAUCUUUUUGCGAUUCUUCGCACCAGCCAUUCUUGGACCGAAACUCUUCGACUUAACCACCGAACCCUUGGUAACGCCUCUCGCGGUCAUUUCUCGAACUUGCAAUGUUCUAGACAUUUGUAGGGCUUCAUUUGAAACUUGCUUUCGCAGAGUACUUGGUCAGCUUACCCGUACAUUUUUUCUCUCUGUAAUGAUUUUUUUCUAUGUUUUAAUUGCAAUUCAUUGUUUAUAAAUUUCUUACAGGAUGAUGACAAAGAGAGCACAAAAUAAGAAACUCUUCUUCAAGCAGAGGAAUUUUAAACAGAGAUAUUUUCGCUUAACAACCCAAUCGCUGAGUUAUUCAAAAUCAAAGGGCCAGAAACCCACCUGUGAUAUUCCAUUGUCGGACAUUUUAGCUGUUGAAAAGUUAAAUGAGUGUAGCUUUAAGAUGCAGAAUAUUUUUCAGAUCGUGAGGAAGGAUCGUCCCCUGUACGUGCAAACGGCUAAUUGUGUUGAGGAAAAAGAGUGGAUUGAUCUCCUACGAAAGAUCUGCCAGUCAAAUGCAGAACGUCUCGAACAUUAUCAUCCAUGUGCCUAUAUUAACAAUAUGUGGACAUGUUGCAAUUCACGCGACCAGAAUGCCAAUGGGUGCACAGCUGUGUCACCAAAGUCAUUCCAAAUGGAAUUAGGAACUGCACUGGAUCCAGCUCGUGAUCUCCAACGAACGCACACACUUAUCAUGUCGAACAUGAAGUGCCUGGAAUCAAUGGGGAAUCCCAUUGCAUACUCGGGGACCCCACAGCAAGUGAGUGAGUUCAUGAUGUGCCACGAGACGCUGAAAGCCCUCCGGGAGGUGGCAAUUGCACUUGAUCAUGUCCAUAGAAAUCAUCGUGCAAAAUUAGCCAUGGAGGUACGGUAUGGGAGUCGUCAGGCACCAAUUGGGGACGAUAACUACCUACAUAUGAGCAAAGGUGGGCGUGGGGGUGCAUUCAAAGUUACCACAACACCACGCGACUCAACGCAGGAAGGUGAUGUGGAGUUCAGGACAAUUCGACCAGCUUACGUGCGAAGUUUUGAGUAAAGCAUAAAAAAGAAUAAUAUCAAGUGCAAAGUGUAAGGAAUUACUACCUUCAAUAAUAAUUUGGGCAUUUACUAUUCCCUCUCAAUGCUCAUGCGAUUUAUCUCUCCAUGCGAAAUGGGAGAGAAAAUGUGUGUGGUGUAUGUAUUUUUGGACUCAUUCUUUUUUUUUUAGUUUUGGUGUUGCAAAAUGUGAUAUCUUGUAUAUUUUGAAGAAACAUUCCAAUUAAAUUAUUUAUGAUUUUUUUUAUUUAGUAAAAUAUUAGUAAAAGUUGAUAGAAUAAAACGCGAUUGAAGCGAGUAUACAAAAAUAAAAAAACGUUCAGUUAAGAAAAAACAAAUACCCCGACGUGUAUUUAACUAUAUAUAUUAUUACGAUAAAAAUUUCCCUAGUAGGGAGUAAUUAAAUAAGGAGGAAAAUAUCUCGAGAAAAAUCCUUUCAGUUUCAAUUUUUGGAAUGAUGUUCAGUAAAAGAAAACAAUUUAGGGGAUAUAUAGGCUAUUAAGACGCAAUGCUCAUGAAACAAGCAAUUAAAAUUUUUUAGAUGAUAAAUCUUUUUAAAUCCAACUUUUUUUUUCAAUUUAUUGAAAAAAAUCGUUAACUUUUCCGUUUAAAUAUCAUUUUGUUUUAUUAAAUGAGGUAAUAAAUGAGAGUGUUAAUUUUUGUUAUCUGUAUUAGAAUCCUUCUACAUUGCAAAUCAUGUAAGAAAAAAAAACAAUUAAAAUUCAACAAGCAAAGCGAACAAGUAAAAAUAAUGUACACGAGAGCAUGUCUUUUGUAUGCUCAAAAAUAAGGAGUGUGAUUAACAUUAAUCUCAAUUAAAUAUUCCGUCUGAAUUGUCUGAAUUAAUAAAAUAGAACAAUUAAAAGUAAAAAAAUAUCGGUUCAUACUGUUAGCAAAAAUAUAAAAUUAAUAAACGAGUGCAUUUAUCAAUUAAUUUAAAAACUUCAUUAAUUCAUUCGAAAGUUAUGUAUAAAUUUUGAGGGUGUCCCAAAAUAAAUGCAUUUUUAGGCCUUUUUUUUUAAAAUUCCUAAUUUUGACUGAAAACCACUUAAUGUAAAUUCUAAAAGACUCUAAAACCAAAUUCUUAAAAAAGUAUUGCAAAUUAUUAAAAAAAAAAGUGAAAUCCCACCAUAAGUCUAUCUUGCUUUAUAAGAUUUUUUAGGUUUUUUUUUUUUCAAAUUAAAAGCUAAAAUCCAAAGGAAAUAUGGUCAGUUUUUACACGUAAUAAAAGUCACGAAAAUAAAAAAUAAAAAUUAAUUAGUUUAGCAAUUAUUUUGGAACACCCUCAAAUGAUUUUUUUUUCAUAAUGAGCAAGAAAUAAUUGGCACAAAUUUACUAAAAAAAAAAUAACAUAAUAAAAUGAAAUUCCUUUGCAAAAAAAGAAGAAACACAAAAACCCUUAAAGUAGUAGGUACUGAUUUGAGUACAAAAUAAUAAUUUAGUGUUUAAAUUUAAAAAGGAAAUGAAGAAAUUUAAAUUUCCACGACAUGGAAAUAAUUAAAAGAAGAAGGAAAUGCAGUACAAAAAUGCCAUUAAAUGCAAAAGAGUUAAAAAUGCAAGACGCCAAAAAGGAAAUGAUUUAUUUUUCUUUUUUUUGCUUUUUAAAGGAUGGAAGUUGAAAUUGAACAAAAAAAUUUUGACAAUCAAAUUUUCUUUUCACAAAGGAAACUUUCUGUCACAAGUUAUGACUCUUUUUUACAAAAAAAAACUCUUUCUGUUGUUUGAGAAAAGUAUAUAGAGAAAAUAUUUUAGUGUUUAAGUAAAAAUGUUCAUUUAUUAAAAAAGAGUUAAAAAAAAAAAAAAACAAGAGAAAAAUUAAAAUUUUUAAGCAAUCUGUAAUCUCACUUCCUCCCCAUUUUUUUGAUUAUAUUUUUUUGUGUAUUAAAUGAUUCGAGAAAAUAAUACAAAAAAGAAUAAAUAGUAGUGCACAUAAAUAAAUCCCCCCCCCAUUCAAAAAUAGAACUCAAUGAAAAAACUGCUUAAAUAUUAAAUGAAGUUUAUGUGUGAAAUAUUUGUAAAAAUUUAUACCAUAGGUCCGUUUUAUUUUCGUUGCUUCACAGCUAUUAAUUUCAUUUCAAACACAUUUCUAUCGACAUUCAGAACUCUAUAUUCAUGUAAUUUUAUACCGUUCCACGACUUUUUCACCUAGGAAAUAAAAUAUAAUGUAUUGAUGAGAAAUAUAAAA